AUGUCUUUCGACUUGAAUUCAAUCAGCAAGGCUCUUAAUGAGCCUAACAGAACGGAGAGCGGCGUAGAUUUCAGUGGAAGGUCAUUAAAAUUGGACUCGGAACAAGACGCUCUUCCAAUCAUAGAAGCAAUCAAUGCUUGUCCAAAUCUUCACUACCUGACUCUAACUGGUAACACACUGGGUGUUGAAGCAGCUAAAGCUAUCGCAACAGCAUUAUCGAGGCACCCGGAACUGAAAGUCGCAAGAUUCAGUGACAUGUUCACGGGGAGAAUGAAGACCGAAAUCCCUCCAGCGCUGAGUGCUCUCGGUGAUGGCAUGAUUGAAGCUGGUGCGAGGCUUUCAUUAUUAGAUCUCAGUGACAAUGCCUUUGGACCAAUCGGUGUUGAAGGUCUGGCUAAGUUACUGCAGAGUGAAGUUUGCUCCGAGUUACAGGAACUUCGUUUGAACAACAACGGCCUGGGAAUAACUGGUGGAAGAUUAUUAGCAAAGGCUUUGUCGAGUAACACAUUGAAGCUGAAAGUAUUCAUAGCGGGAAGAAAUAGGCUUGAGAACGACGGAGCCAGAGCAUUAGCUGCUGUUUUUCAGUCAAUGGGCAGUCUUGAAGAGCUUGCCAUGCCGCAGAACGGUAUUUAUCAUACAGGGAUAGCGGCAUUGUCGGAAUCAUUCAGACAUUCACCAAAUUUGGAGGUCAUUAACCUCAAUGAUAACACAAUAGGACCAAAGGGGGCUGUGUCCAUCGCUGCUGCGUUACCGAGAUUAAAGAAAUUAAAAUCAAUAAAUUUCGGCGACUGUCUGUUGAAGAGCGCCGGGGCGAAGGCGCUAGCUCAGGGAAUAAAAGACCACAAUGUACUCUUAGAGUCCAUUGAGUUAAGUCAUAACGAGAUUGGUCGGGAAGCUUGUAUGCAAAUGGUUGAAGCUCUGACAAUACAACCGGGGGCCAAGGAUAGGUUGACAAGAGUUAACUUGGCCGGCAACAGUUUAGGUGGAGCGGCCAAUAAGAAAAUUAUGAAGGAUAAGCUUGGAGCGUCCGCUGAACUGAGUGAUGGAGAAGGGAGUGACGAGGAAUAUGAGUCCGAGUCUGAACACUCGGACUAUCAGUCGGGAGCUUCUGAGGAGGACAGCGCCACGGAGGACGCGAGACACGCGGAGACUAGUGUGGAGGAGCAGCAAGACCUGGACCGAACUGGUAUAGAAGAAGUAGAAACAGAUAUUGGUAGAUUUCUCAAAGACCCGACCUUAGAGAACUUGAACCGACUGGGUAAUGACGUGGCUGAAGUAAUUGAUGCACAUCUACAGAACAUUAAAGAUCCAGAGAGUCUGACAGUGUCAUACGUGGAGGCCUUGUGUUGUGUGUGGGGAGCCAGCGAGAUGGAUAGUCAUAGGAAACUAUGCCGGACAACCAUACAAAGAGCUCCGCAGCAGUGGAUACUGGCCAACAACAUGCUGCGGGCACUGCAGUUGAUUAAGUCUGAAAACAAAGAUUACAAAAUAAGAUGGAAGGUACCCUCGUGUUACAAAGCUUUGGCAAAGGAAAUCGACGAGGCCUACUUCCCCCACGCCCUCAGAGACACCCUCAAGUUCUUCAUCACCAGCAAGAUGGCGUCGCUUCCGCCGGAAAUCAGAUCGGUUGUGGAGAAACAUCCCAAUUUGUACACAUAA